CUCUUCGUUUUCCUGGCGGGAAAGAGGGGAUAGACGGAGCCGCUCAGCUGGCUGGUGUGUGGGUGACUUUUGUAUCCUACGGAAGCAGACAUGCCUCGUCCCAUAAACUGCAUCGUCGCCGUUUGCCCAAAUAUGGGAAUCGGUCACAAUGGGAAUCUACCCUGGCAUCCAAAAAGACUCAGUAACGAGUUCAAGUAUUUCCAGAAGAUGACUAUGACUCCGACAUUAGAAGGGCAGCAGAAUGCAGUGAUCAUGGGAAGGAAGACCUGGUUCUCCAUUCCAGAGAGGAAUAGACCCCUCAAAAACAGAAUCAACAUUGUGCUCAGCAGGGAGCUUAAGAACCCACCAGAGGGGGCGCACUACCUAGCCAGCGACUUCAGCUCUGCGCUCCGCCUCCUGGACAGCGCCCCACAGACGGACCAGGUGGACCAAGUGUGGGUCAUCGGUGGAAGCUCCGUUUAUAAGGAGGCGAUGGAAGCCCCAGGCUGGUGUCGUCUCUUUGUGACUCAGAUCCUGCAGGACUUUGAGUGCGACACCUUCCUGCCUGAGAUUAAUUUAAACAAAUACAGGCUUCUGCCAGAGUUUCCAGGUGUGCCAUUGGAGGUUCAGGAGGAAAACGGGAUUCGUUAUAAAUUCGAAGUCUAUGAAAGCAUUCAGAACUGACUCGCAUUUCCACAUAACUCUGGCAUUGUCUCUUUUACACACUGAAGGCUUUUUGUUUUGUGCUGUGUGUUUUUUCUAAAAACACAAUAAAUUGAUUGAUUGAUAUCAACACUACUGACCAUUUAGAACGGUAACUUUUUUGGCCUUGGAAUUGAACACUGUUGUUAGUUUGGGGGCUGAAAAAGCAACAAACAAGCAACAUUAAACUGCCAGCAGUCGAGACUCUUGGGGAAAGUGUAUUUACAUGACUGCUCAAUGUAGCGGCCAGGGAAAACUGCUGUAAAUGUGACUGUAAAUGUCACUGUAGUUUCCACCCCCUUCAGCCCAGCGCCCUGUAGUUCAGUCCCUUUGCAGUACAUCAAUAUUUCAGUGUGCUAUUCAGAAAUGAAUUAGUUUGGUCUUAAUGUUGAUUUAAAAAUACUCAGUGAUGUUUCGCAACACAGUAGCUUAAUUUUGUGCAGGCACUGUUCAAUGUCAAUUAAAGUCAGUGAGAUACUGUUGUACAGCU